CUAUUCUUAUGUAAAGAUUGAAAGCAAUGUUUUGUGCGAUGUUUCUUUUAUCUUUGACUUUUUUUGUAAAAAAAAAAAAAAAGAAGAAGAAGAAGAAAAGAAAAACAAGAAAGGAAAAAAAAACCAGUUAAAGCACUCUCUUAACUGUAUUUGACGAAGGAGGUUUGUUAAUGGCUUUUAAGUUAAAACAAACAAAAAAAUCAAAAACAGCCGUCUCGUAGAUAUUAUGAAAGUCAUUUAACCGAAUCUGCGUGGAAAAGUUCUUUCUUUCAUAAUUGAUAUAGUUUCGAUGAUUUUUCUGAUGAAAUAAAUAUUUCUUUCACAAUAUUGGAUUUCUUACUCCCGGAUCGGAGAGCUAUAAGUCCGUGACUAAUUAUGAUUCCAUUUGGUCCAUUGGAUUCGCCGGAUAAUUCCCAUAUCAUCGACUCCGAUAGUAAAACUGAUACAAUACAACCCAGGUAUUCCGCGAAAUCACACGACAUCGGGGAGGGCCAUAUUUAUUGUGACGUAUCAUUCUUCUGGGUCAAAGGUCAAAUAAACUGAGAACGUGUUAUGAAUAAACUGUUUCUUCUGCAAAAAUUCGCCACACCCCCGUAAAAAUAGGAGUAUAUAUAAUAUAUAAACUACAACUCGCAGUGAAUUGAAGACAAUUAGUGACAUUGCUCAGUCGGACUUUGAUUCUAUCCAAAGAUGCCAUUAGAAGAAGCGGUUUGAAACUUAUUAUUGAACCAGAGAAAAAAAGGGACGAUUUCAUUGGAAAAGAGUCGCGACUUGUUUUUAUUUUAGCGAGUUGAGUGUUGUUUCGUAGAACUUUGUGAUUGGUGGUGGAUAUGUCUGUGAACUAUUCUUUCAUCAUAUUUCUAUUAACAAUAUUUUUAUGUACUGUUAUUAGUUUAACCAUAGCUUUCCCUUUGGAUGAGUUACAAGUCUUGCAGACGCCUGAUGAAUGGUCAGAUUCCGAAAGUAGUGACAAUUUAAUCAAAAGAGACUGUGCUGGGUUUCCAUGUAUGUAUGCACACAUGGCAGAGAAGGCGGGACGGGCCUCCUUAUUUCGUGCUCUAGCCAGGAUCAUCGACGACUGCGCGGCGAAUCCAUAUUGUAACCCAGGACGAAGAAAAAGAUCCGUCUUAAGGAUCCUACGGAAAUGAAAUUUUAAACUAACCAAAAAGGAAAUUUUGUCUCAAAGAUUCCAAUCGACCAAUCAGAUAGGUGCACGUCAUUAUAUGAACGAGUAAAACAGACCAAUCAUAUCUCAUUACUUCUAACGGAAGUGGAAGGAUUCAGUUUCCGGGAAUUCUGUUAACUCUACAGCGCAUGAACGUAGUGUUAUCUGCAAAAAAUCUCUACCUUCCAUUAUAUGUCCUUAUAUAGUGUUAAAAGCUUUAAUUUUAUUUGAUUACUUGAUGUUAUUUCUCUACAUAAUAAAGUAUUUUCUCUA